CCCCCUCAUCGUCGAAACAACAAACCCUACUACGGAGCAAGUGGCGGGGUGAGAGAGCGUCCAAAACCGCCUCUGACCGCCAGUUUCAAACUCAUUUGCGGAAAUCGUGGUAAUAUCAAUACAAGAACAAACAACGACUCAACAAAGUAGUAUCUCGUUUGGAAAUAAAUUGAAUAACGGGGUCCUAUGCUACCGUUCCACUGUCUUGUGGACACUGAGGAUCUGAGGUCUGUUCUUAUUUGAGUUGGGUCAGACAUGAUAGAGAAAUGAUAGCAGCACCAGAGUUACCGUCAGAGUUCCACUAUCCUCAGGAUUCGGACACCCGUUUCUCCUCAGACACAGAUUUCUCUGAGGCGCCUGAUGUCAGUAUCAACCCAACCAAAGGAAAGGGGGGGAAGAAGGGGAAGAAGGCGGCAGGAGGGAAGGGAGUGGGGGGUGCAGGGAGGAUGAACGGCCACUACCAGGAGAAUGGCAUGGAGAACCUGAUGCUGUUCGAGGUUGUCAAGAUGGGCAAAAGCGCCAUGCAGUCUGUGGUGGAUGACUGGAUUGAGGCAUAUAAAACCGACAGGGACAUGGCUCUGCUAGACCUCAUCAACUUCUUCAUCCAGUGUUCUGGCUGUAAAGGAGUGGUCAGUGGAGAGAUGUUCCGAAACAUGCAGAACUCUGAGAUCAUCAGGAGGAUGACAGAGGAGUUUGACGAGGACAGCGGAGACUACCCUCUGACCAUGGCAGGUCCGCUGUGGAAGAAGUUUAAGGGUAGUUUCUGUGAGUUCAUUGCUGUCUUGGUGAGACAGUGUCAGUACAGCAUCAUCUAUGAUGAGUACCUCAUGGACACGGUCAUAUCGCUCCUCACCGGACUGUCGGACUCACAGGUCCGAGCCUUCAGGCACACCAGCACACUGGCAGCUAUGAAACUGAUGACAGCCCUGGUGAAUGUAGCUCUGAACCUGAGCAUCAACAUGGACAACACACAGCGGCAGUACGAGACAGAGAGAAACAAGAAUGUCGCCAAGAGAGCCAACGACCGGCUGGAGCUACUGCUGCAGAAACGCAAAGAGCUUCAAGAAAAUCAGGACGAAAUUGAAAACAUGAUGAAUGCUAUAUUCAAGGGUGUGUUUGUACACCGUUAUCGUGAUGCCAUAGCAGAGAUCAGAGCUAUCACUAUAGAGGAGAUAGGAAUGUGGAUGAAGCUGUACAGUGAUGCCUUCCUCAACGACAGCUACCUGAAAUACGUAGGCUGGACCAUGCACGACAAGCAAGGCGAGGUACGUCUGAAAUGUUUGACAGCUCUGCAGGGUCUCUACUACAACAGAGAACUGAACACCAGACUGGAGCUGUUCACCAGCCGCUUCAAGGACCGCAUCGUCUCCAUGACUCUAGACAAGGAGUACGAUGUCGCAGUACAAGCAAUUAAACUGCUCACUCUGGUACUACAUAGUACAGAUGAGGUACUGAGCCCGGAGGACUGUGAGAGCGUCUAUCAUCUGGUCUACUCCGCCCACCGACCGGUCGCCAUAGCAGCCGGGGAGUUCCUCUUCAAGAAACUGUUCAGUACGCGGGAGCCAGAAGAGGAGGGCGCCCCCAAGAGAAGAGGAAGACAAAGCCCCAAUGCCAACCUCAUCAAAACUACUGUUUUCUUCUUCCUGGAGAGCGAGCUCCAUGAGCACGCUGCGUACCUGGUGGACUCUCUGUGGGAGAGUGGAGCAGACCUACUGAAGGACUGGGAGUGUAUGACCAGCCUGCUACUGGACGACCCUGUGCCAGGGGAGGAAGCCCUGACAGACAGACAGGAGACGGCUCUCAUAGAGAUAAUGCUGUGUACGGUGCGCCAGGCAGCAGAGUGCCACCCGCCCGUAGGCCGCGGAACUGGGAAGAGGGUGAUGACCGCGAAGGAGAAGAAGACCCAGCUAGAUGACAGGACCAGAAUGACAGAGCUGUUUGCUGUGACAUUACCCCCUCUGCUGGCCAAGUACUCCAUAGAUACAGAGAAGGUGACCAACCUGCUGCAGCUCCCUCAGUUCUUUGACCUGGAUAUCUACACCACAGGACGACUAGAGAAGCACUUGGAGGCGUUGCUGCGUCAGAUCAGGGAGAUGGUGGAGAAACACACAGACACAGAGGUUCUGGAGGCGUGCUCGAAGACCUACCACGCUCUCUGCAACGAGGAGUUCACCAUCUUUAACAGAGUGGACAUCGCCAGGUCACAGCUUCUGGAUGAACUGGUGGACAAAUUCAACAGACUGCUGGAAGACUUCUUACAAGAGGGUGAGGAGCCUGAUGAUGAUGAUGCCUACCAGGUCCUGUCUACUCUCAAGAGAAUCACAGCAUUCCACAAUGCCCAUGACCUGUCCCAGUGGGAUCUGUUCAGCAGUAACUUCAAGUUGCUCAACACGGGCAUUGAGAACGGAGACAUGCCAGAGCAGAUAGUGGUCCAUGCUCUACAGUGUACCCACUACAUUGUCCUGUGGUACUUGGCCAAGGUCUCGGAGGGCAGCCACAGAAAGGAGGAGCUGGUGAGCCUGAGGAAACAGAUGCGGAUGUUCUGUCUGAUGUGUCAACGUUACCUCACCAACGUCAACACAACCGUCAAGGAACAGGCGUUCACCAUCCUGUGUGAUGUGUUGCUAGUCUUUAGUCAUCAGAUGGUAUCGGGAGGCAGAGAGCAGCUGGAGCCGCUGGUCUACAGUCCUGAUGACUCGUUACAGACAGAACUACUGUCCUUCAUACUGCACCAUGUGUUUAUAGACCAGGACGAUGACAACGGCAGCACAGAUGGCCAGCAGGAUGACGAGGCAGCGAAGAUAGAAGCUCUUCACAAGAGACGUAACCUCCUGGCGGCCUACUGUAAACUUAUCAUCUAUAACGUAGUAGAGAUGAACACUGGCGCUGACAUCUUUAAGCAGUACAUGAGGUAUUAUAAUGACUAUGGUGACAUCAUCAAGGAGACCAUGUCAAAGACCAGACAGAUAGACAAGAUCCAAUGUGCCAAGACACUCAUCCUCAGUCUACAGCAGUUGUUCCAUGAGAUGUUGUCAGAGUUGGGGACAGGAUUUGACCGCUCGUCCUCGGCGUUCUGUGGGAUCAAGGAGCUGGCCAGACGUUUCUCUCUCACCUUCGGUCUGGACCAGGUCAAAACACGAGACGCUAUCGCCAUGCUGCACAAGGAUGGUAUAGAGUUUGCGUUUAAGGAGCCCAGUCCACAGGGAGAGGGCAACCCUCCUCUUCACCUGGCCUUCCUAGACAUCCUCUCUGAGUUUUCCUCCAAACUAAUGAGGCAGGACAAGAGGACUGUUCACAUGUAUCUGGAGAGGUUCAUGACCUUCCAGAUGGCCCUCCAGAGAGACGACUGCUGGCUACCGCUCAUCUCCUACAGGAACUCCCUGCAGGCCGGCGGGGACGAUGACACCAUGUCUGUUGUCUCCGGCUACUCCUCCAGAGGGUCGUCGGUCAGAUCCAAGAAGACCAAGGCUGCUACUCCCACUGCUACCGUCGCUGCAGCUAAGAGGAAACUCCCUGAAGCUGAGGAGAGCAGUAGCAGCAGUGCAGAUAUGUCGUGGCAGCACCAGAGCAUGCAGACGCCCGUGAUGAUGCCCUCCCCCCACCUCACCUCUACCAUGAUGAGAGGACCAGGGGACAUGAGGGAGGAGGCCAAACGGGGGAGAGACGACAGCUACAUGGGAGUGUACGCCCUCCCUUCAGACUCCCAGCAGCAUCCUCACCCUCACACACUCCCCCAAACCCCUCAACUCCACCAGACACCCAUCGACUACAAUACCCAGGUGACGUGGAUGCUGGCUCAGAGGCAGCAGGAGGAGGUUCGUCAGCAGCAGGAGAGAGCCAUGAACUACGCCAAGCUCAGAACCAACCUGCAACAGGCCAUUCGGCGUGGUACAGGGCUGAUGGAGGAGGAUGAGGAGCCUAUCGUAGAGGACGUGAUGAUGUCGUCAGAGGGUCGUAUGGAAGACCUCAACGAGGGCAUGGACUUUGACACCAUGGACAUCGACCUGCCCCCCUCUAAGAACAGGAGAGAGAGAUCAGAGCUGAAACCAGACUACUUUGACCCUGGUUCUAUCAUGGACGAGUCUGUCCUUGGAGUGUCCAUGUUUUAAACUGGUAUUUGUAGACGAAGAGGAGAGAGGCAUUUUGUAUUUAUGGAGAAGUUAAGAUGUGGAUCUGAAGUCUUCUCUGAUUUAUCCUCCAUGGUCUAACACACACACACACACACACACAGUGUUGCUUGCUCAGAGGGAACUGAAUGAAAAUAAAAUACUUUUAUAAUCCUUGGGUAAGCUUUUCCCCUUCGUUAGCUUCAAACCUAAAGGAAUCCUCGACAUUUAGUCUGAAGAAAGUUCCAUUAUUCUAGAAUGUUUUAUUUUUCUUCCAAAUGGAGAUGGAAUGAGAUUUUUAAAUGUCUUCUAACCAUGUCUCAAUGCUAGUAUAGUGAGUAACCCGGUGUGGUCUAGUAAUUUAUAAACUGGUUGUUAGUAGGAAAGGUAACUAGCUAGCUGUGCUGUAGUAGUAGUGGAUGGACAUGGUCUUUAUGCUAUUUUCAGUUUUACUUUCCUCCAUGUUGGACUGUCAGAAUCUGUUGGUUCUGUGGUUGUGAUGAUGACUGCUGGUGGUUCAGUUGGUGACCUGUUUACUAGAUCAGCUGUAAGAGUCAUGGAUGUAGCAACACACAUCCAACCGUUGGCCCAAGUAAAGGACACAGCCGUUUUCCAAGAGCAGAUUCCUUCAUACGAAACACGUAGAAAUAACGCCACGCUGUUGUAAACGCUUCAGUGUAGUUUCUUGCAACGUUCGUCACAUCCAGAUGUGUGGUUACUGUUUCCAUUCUGUGGUGGUUGGAUACUGUCUUACUGAGGAUACCAGUAGUUGCUGUGAAGAGGCCCAGGAUGCAUCUCAAAAGUAGUGCACUAUAUAGGGAAUAGGGUGCCAUUUGGUAUGCACAACGUUCGUCACAUCCAGAUGUGUGGGGACUGUUUCCAUUCUGUGGUGGUUGGAUACUGUCUUACUGAGGAUCCCAGUAGUUGCUGUGAAGAGGCCCAGGAUGCAUCUCAAAAGUAGUGCACUAUAUAGGGAAUAGGGUGCCAUUUGGUAUGCAGACAAAAGUGUUUAACAAGGAACUAGGCUGUCGCACAAGUCCUGAAGCUUACCCAAAGAUUUGCACCCUUCUACCUAUCUGUGGAGUUUUCUCUCUCAACGGACAGCGAGGUGAUUUUCUCUCUGGUAGUGCCACCGCUGUGCUGACUCCGAGACAGGCAAGCAGCACGCUAAUACACACAAAAUACAUUUCUCCAUCUCCAGAAAAUCCAGCAUAUUUAGUGUUGAAAUAGCUAUCUCUAAAUUUUAAAUAAAGUUAUAUAUGAAUCGGUGCUGAUUUUAUAACUGUGCUUUUUUUUGUUUUAUUAAAAUGUUCAACCUACAGUUAAUGUUUCAGAAAUGUGUAAGUAAAACUGUUUCAAAUUAAAAGCAUGGGUAGUCAGGUGUCGGAAGAUUUUUAAAUUUGUAUUUUUUUUCUUUCUUAACGUCUUGGGGUUUCUACCGUUUUUCCUACGUGUAAAUUAGUUUGGAUGAGACUCAUUAUGAGAAAAUAAAUCUGGCUUGUGAAAUUUCAGCUUUAAGAUUCUCAACAUCCAUGAGUAAUAAUAAUGUCCUGUUGCGAAACUCCACAAUAUAAAACUGUGUAACUAACUAAAAACCAGUCAUCAUUAUAAUCCUAUAGAAAAGUUGAUUGUUUUCAUCCCAAAUGGUACCCUAUUCCCUAGUGCCCUCACCAGGCCCUAUAUUCCCUAUGGGCCCUGGUCAAAAGUAGUGCACUAUAUAGGGAAUAAGUUGCCAUUUGGGACACUUUUCAACAGUAGCAGCACUCUGGCAGCUAGACAAAGCUUAAAUGUGACAUGAACUAUUAUGUCGUCCAUAAGUUUUAAUGAAAUGUUUUGUCUACUGAGGUAAAUCUAUCUACUUUGUAAUCAUUCCAUGCCUGAGCCUUAAACAUGCUAUAGUGGAAGGAAAUCAACUGCCCUGUCCAGAAACGGCCCCUAGCCCCAUAGAAAUAGUAUUACUAGAAUGAAAUUGAUAUUGUCUAAGGGGUGCUUUUCCCCGUUUUCUUCAUUCUAUGCCUAUAUACCUAGACUCUCCAAGGCACUUGUGUAUAUCUGAUAGGAAUGGGUAAGGUAUAAGCAAUUUUGCUUCAUCCCAACUAGUCUAUCAGAGGUAAAUGGUGAAGCUACUAUCGUAUUGCUUAUACCAAUUAAAUUACUAUAGAUCUACACUAGCACCUAGGGGUUAGGCUUGAGGUAGCCCCGGAAAGAUUAUGUAGAUGAGACUUGGUUGUGCCUCGUGACACUAGGGGUGCUUGGGAUUGUUUCUGGAAAGGGCCUACAUUUGUUUUCUCUCACAACUUUCUUCCAUGUCAGAGGUAGCCAUGAAAGGUGAUUAUUGGUGUUUAUGACGACAGAGAACAUUUGAGAUGGUCCAGAUGUGAUGUCGAUGAAGUAGAUACAAACAGCCUGUGUGUUUUACCUAAUUAUUAUUUUAUGUAAGUAAAUAUUUUGGAGUAAAAAUGACUGUGGCUUUUGUUUUGUCACUUACUACCACUACAUUGGUAUAAUUCCUUUAUUUGAACCUUCCUGUAUAUAAAACAAACAUCAAGCUUUAUUUUCAUUUGUGUUUUUCCUUUUUGGCCAUUUGUGUGUUUUAAUCUUUUCACAUGCGUGCGUACACACACACACACUCUUCCGUGGUAUUGUUUGUUCCUCAUGCUAUUGUCACUCAGUCAGAUUUUUACUUGUCUGGAGACAGUCACUUUUGGAUUAAAAGUAAACCAACUCGA